CGCCCCCUGUUCCCCGACCUCCCGGCUGCGCUGCAGCGUCAGCUUCACUCGGCGUCGGUCCUCUCGCCCCGGCGCUCCCGGCUCGUCCGCCUUCCACCUUCUGCCCGGCCUAGGCCGCAGCCCCGGGCCCGCGUCGCGCCGCCCCCUAUGGGCCCCGGCUGAGGCGCCGCCGCCGGCCGUGGAGCCCUGAUGCUGGCCCGGAGGAAGCCGGUGUUACCGGCGCUCACCAUCAACCCUACCAUCGCCGAGGGCCCGUCCCCCACCAGCGAGGGCGCCUCCGAGGCAAACCUGGUGGACCUCCAGAAGAAGCUGGAAGAGCUAGACCUGGAUGAGCAGCAGAGGAAGCGGCUGGAGGCCUUCCUUACCCAGAAGGCUAAGGUCGGUGAGCUCAAGGACGACGACUUUGAGAGGAUCUCAGAGCUGGGUGCCGGCAAUGGCGGAGUGGUCACCAAGGCCCGGCAUAGGCCGUCAGGCCUCAUCAUGGCCAGAAAGCUGAUCCACCUGGAGAUCAAACCGGCCGUGCGCAACCAGAUCAUCCGGGAGCUGCAGGUGCUGCACGAGUGCAACUCGCCCUACAUCGUGGGCUUCUACGGGGCCUUCUACAGCGACGGCGAGAUCAGCAUCUGCAUGGAGCACAUGGAUGGUGGCUCACUGGACCAGGUACUGAAGGAGGCCAAGCGGAUCCCUGAAGACAUCUUGGGGAAGGUCAGCAUUGCGGUGCUCCGGGGCCUGGCAUACCUCCGAGAGAAACACCAGAUCAUGCAUAGAGAUGUGAAGCCCUCCAACAUCCUGGUGAACUCUCGAGGGGAGAUUAAGCUCUGCGACUUCGGGGUGAGCGGCCAGCUGAUCGACUCCAUGGCCAACUCAUUUGUAGGGACGCGCUCCUACAUGUCCCCAGAGCGGCUGCAGGGCACCCACUACUCUGUGCAGUCGGACAUCUGGAGCAUGGGGCUGUCACUGGUGGAGCUGGCCAUCGGGAGGUACCCCAUUCCCCCACCUGAUGCCAAGGAACUAGAGGCCAGCUUUGGCCGGCCAGUGGUGGACGGGGCAGACGGAGAACCCCAUAGUGUCUCCCCGAGGCCCAGGCCCCCUGGACGCCCCAUCAGUGUAGGUCAUGGGAUGGACAGCCGACCGGCCAUGGCCAUCUUUGAGCUGCUGGACUACAUAGUGAAUGAGCCACCUCCCAAGCUGCCCAGUGGUGUGUUCAGCUCAGACUUCCAGGAGUUUGUGAAUAAAUGUCUCAUUAAGAACCCAGCAGAGCGCGCAGAUCUGAAGCUGCUGAUGAACCACGCCUUCAUCAAGCGCUCUGAGGGGGAGGAAGUGGACUUCGCUGGCUGGCUGUGCAGAACCCUGCGGCUGAAGCAGCCCAGCACGCCCACGCGGACUGCAGUGUGACAGCCAUCGCCCAGCAGUCUGUGUCCUUGUCCCUGCCGGCACAGUGGCCGCUGCCUCUGGGGACAGUGAUGCUGUUUGUUGUGGCAGGGGACCUGUGCCCAUGCAUUUGAAAACCAAACAAAAUGGAGAAAGAGAAAGAAAACUGGCUGUGCUCCUGCCCAUUGCUUGUUGUGACCUCACUCAGCAGGUGGAAGAAGGGCUGGCCAAGGGAUGAGGAGACACUGCUCUCCUUACCUCCCUCCCCGGCCCAGCUCCUGCAGUGCACAUGCAGCCUCCUUCCUAGCAGGGGGUGUGGGAGCAGGGAACCCUCUGGGCUCCACAGGCUCCAGGGAGCAUAGCUGACUCAGCAUAGUGCAAAGGCAGUGCCCUGCAUAAGUUCCGGAGGAGACCCCAGUGGAUCUGGGUCAUGGGACUCGAUGAGAGCCUUGCUUGCCACAUCCUGCAGCAACCCCACCAGGGUCCCACCCGUCCCACCAGUCAGUCAAACUCAGCCACAGGGGUCUGUAAGGAAAGCCCUGAGGCCUGUUCCCACAACCUGAAUGAAGAGCAUCCCUGCUGACCCAGAAAUGACACUUGCUUAUACAGACCUGGGCCCAUGCACUGUACAAGUCUGGGGAGUGUCUGCACUUUGCUGUCCCUCUCAGGGAUGACAAGUAUUCCUUUUUCAGGUGCCCCAAGGACGCCACCAUGUGGGGCUUCACAUGCUCCAGCCAG